AUGGUAUUUGGAUUUCGAUACAAACAAAUUCUUCCUCUACUACUGGUGUCUGUCAUCGCAAUCGCUGUCAUCACAUGCGAUGAGUCGACCAAAGAUUCAGACUUCGAGGAGUUUAUCCAACGACUCGAAGACACGAGUGACCAGUCGUUACUGAUUUCGGCCGAAGACUCGACCGGAAAACUGGACAAAGAACUGUUCGGUGAUGUGGCCGGAGAUGUGGUCGUCGAAGAGAUCACAGGAAAACCCGACAAAGAAGACGACGGCGACGGAGAGGUUGUUGAAGAAGAAGAGGUCGGGAAGAAGACAAUGAAUGGAAAAGGAAAGUCUGAGUCCAUCGAUGACAUCAAUGAUGAAGUGCUACGGAAAGGGUCGGCCACUCAUAGAGGUGUAAAUAGUGGGCAAUCAGUGACUGCGGAACCGUUCGGUAAAUCGGACGCCGAAGAGUUUAGGCGCCGACUCGAAGAGCACCCAAACGUGGAGUCAUUGGUAGAGUCGGGUAAAGACACGGCCGGCGAAGACAUUUUUGGAGACAUAAAAGGAGAUGUAGUUAUCGAAGACAUCACUGGAAAACCAGACACUGAUGUCGACGACGGAGACGUUGAAGAGGAGAAGGAAAAGAAAACCGGAAGCGCUGUUCAUAAGAAUCAUGAAUCAGAUAAUCACAAGAAAGUGAAUCCUGAAGAGUCAUUGGCUGACAAAUUGGCCGCAGAUUCAGACGCAGAAAAGUUCAGGAAACGACUCGAAGACGACCAGAGCGUCGAGUCAUUGGUAGAUAAGAUCCGAGACUCAGCCGAUGAGGAUAUCUUCAAAGAUAACGUCGGAGAUGUGGUCAUUGAAGACAUCACUGGAGAACCGGACAGUGAAGACAUGGAUUAUGAAGAGAAGACAGCGAACAAUAAGAACUCCGGAGGAAUGGCUAAAAAAAUUGUGUCGCCUGAAGAGGAAGGAGACGUACUCUUACAACAGGGGGCGGCGUCUGCAGUGCCGUCGAUUGCAGGACCUACUCCUUCGGGCGGGGGGUCGGGGUUGGGGACCCCCGGAAAACCCAUUUGCGGGCUUUACAAUCGCCCCCAAGUGUCGGAAGCGUUUCGUGUGGGCACUGAUCGCGUGAUUCUUAUGAUAAAAGAUGACAACACGAAAAAGAAUGUCUACUAUGAGUACAAGUUUGAAAUUGACAUAAGCAAACAAAAGCUCCGCUUUGGUCAGAUCCAAGCAUUGGACACGAAGUGGCAAAACCUCAACCAAACGCUCGUCGAUCUGGUCCGCCACGUAAGCUUAUGGGUUCCGCUCGGCUCUGAAGUCCUGGCCAUCAUUUACGCGAAGGAGGACGAUAUUCCCCAAAUGAUCGGCUUUAAGAUACCGGCGACGACCGCCGCCGUCGAGUCUCUCAGCCCUUUCGAUAGGCUUAACGUCAAUCGAUACAAAUACACUCCCGGCGAAGAUCCCGAUAAUAUGGUAUCGCUGUUCAAUAGUUUCCCCGAACAGGACCUUCAGGACCGGAUGACUGCCAUCACUAACUUUCCCACCGAUAGUACGGGCGCUCUUCCCAAACGAGAUUUCGUCUACUAUUUAGAUAAGGCGGAAAAGGGCCAACAAUUACCGCCCGGGGAUCCGGGCCUUGAAUUCAAGCGCCACAUAAUGAUCGGCAGUACGAAUCUCACAAAUGUGACGCCACCGGUGUUGGAGUGGAUCCACGACAUCGCCAGCAAUAAGUGCAUCGACGAGAAAGAGGUGGUCACCGCCGCCUUCACUCUGUCCGACGCUUACGUCCCGAAGGGUAGCGCUUAUGAGUUCAAUAUAAUGGAGUUCUCGGAGGACAAGUACUUCAUCAAAACCGUAUCGCUGGACAACACUAAAGUGACGGAACAGUUGACCACUUUGCACAGCGACCUGAUUGGCAAGUUGUUUGAAUGCGGAGCGCCAAUCGCGGCAACAGUCCCGGUCCCUCCCGGCGAUGGCGGCGGUGGACUCACCACCACUCCAAAGACAUCACCGCAAAAAUCUAAGGGAAUGGCCUGGUGGUGGUGGCUCAUCAUAUUAUUAGUGAUUGUAGUCAUUGUGAUUAUAAUCUAUAUGUUUUACGUUUAUUCACAAAAAAAGGAUGAGAGAUCACAAGACAAAGAAGUGGAAAAGGCAAUCAUCAAAUCAUUGGAUGCGCCGCCACCGCCCAAAAGUAAGCCAUCAUUGGCUACAAAGUCUGAUACACCGCCGGUCGCGAAGACUGACCCAACGUUGGGCGUCAAAAGUGAUGAUUCGGCCACAAGUGUCGAUUUGGCCAAAAAGACUGAUCCAACUUUGGCCACAAAGACUGAUCCAGAAUUGGCCAAAAAGACUGAUCCAGAAUUGGCCAAAAAGACUGAUCCAGAAUUGGCCAAAAAGACUGAUCCAGAAUUGGCCACAAAAUCAGAUGAAGGACUGAAAACAAAAUCCAAUGAAGGAUUGGCUGCGAAGUCGAAGUCAAAUCCCGGAGAGUAG